AACGCCUACAGGAUGAGGUGGACCUCUACCGCCGUCAUCGAGCGAAGCUCUUCGCUCCUACACCAGCAGGUGUGCAGCAGGAGAUGUUAUGGCAUGCUGCAAGCGCAAAAUUUCACGUCAUUCAGAGGGUUGUCAACUGCCGAUGCUUGUAAGCUGCAACCCUUCUUCGUACAGCUCUUGCAGUGAAAAACAAAAUCAAAAUAUACUACGUAAGGCUUCUAGCGCAUAUAAUUUAUUAUUAAGUGAAUCACAUCCAAAUUACAAAUUACAAACAUCCUUUCUUCUAAGAAUGAUCGAGAAGCAGAGUCGCGAAAGCGCCUCUACACCCAUGGGUGUCCUGCUAGCUCAACAAGGCUCAGAGACGACAGACGACGAC